CCUGCAGAGAAAAUAUGUAAUAGUUUUACUUGAUCUAUGGCAAAACUAGCCUCUUUUAUAUAAAGACCGAAGUCCACACUAAAAGUAAAUUGUAAUAAGUGUAGCAAAAUGUAUUAAGCAAACAUUUAUGUACAACAGUAGAAAAAAUUCUAUAAUUAUAAUAGAAAAUCAUAUUCAAACUUAUGUAUAACGGCAUCCUAUUAUAAUUUAUAAAACCAAUAUCCACAUAGUAAACAUUUUUGGAUGUGGUAAUCUAUUUUUAAUUAAAAGUGAAUUUAUCUGUACAAUGGAAGUAAAACAAGAGGCUUACGAUCCUUUAAUUGCUGAGCUAAAAUAUGAGACACAGGAAUAUCUUAUGCAGAAUGAAAUUGUUGAAAACGGGUUGAUAAAUCAACAAAACGAAAAAAAAAAUGAGGAAUUGAUAACGAUAAAAGAAGAGAAUAAUAUUGAAGAUCUGUGGAUGAAUCAGGAUGAUUACCAAAUAAGUAAUGUAACCAUAAAAGAGGAACUGCUUUCAAUAAAACAAGAAAAUGAUAAUAUACAAAUUGAUUAUUCGAAACCACACAACUAUAAAAGUGAAUCUAAUGAGAAGUUUCAUAUUUACAGAACUAAUAAUAAAGCUUUUCGAAAAAAUAUGACCAAGUUCAGUAAAGGAAUUUCUAAAAAACACAACUCCAUUAAACACAGCAUUUUGCCCAAUGGUAUAAUUAUUUGUAAAUUAUGUGGAAAUUUCUACACUAAGAAAUUUGAAUUUUAUCAUCUUUCAAGACAUCUUGUGAAAAAAUCACUCUUAAAACGAAGCUACGGUAUGAAACAAGGUAUUAGUGAUAAUUUGGAGUAUAGAGUAAUUGAACCAGCAAAUGUUACGUCAAUAAAUAGUCAAAUAAAUGAUAAAUUAAAAGAAUUAUCCUACGAUAACACUGAUAAUACUAUAAAGAUAGAAAAACCAUUCAAGUGUACAAUUUGUUUGAAAUCUUUUAGAAAGAAAACCCGUUUGAACGAACACGUGCGCAUACACACAGGAGAAAAGCCAUUCAAAUGUGAACUUUGCUCGAAAUUGUUUAAACAUAGUGUUAGUUUAACCCGACACAUGUUUAUACACACCGGUGUGAAACCAUUUAAAUGUGAAAUUUGUUCGAAAGUGUUUGCAGUUAAACGUUAUUUGAUUGAACACACACGUGUCCACACUGGUGAAAAACCAUUCACUUGCCAAGUUUGUUCAAAAUCAUUCAAAAUUAAAACCAAUUUAGUCCAGCACAUGCGAAUUCAUACCGGCGAAAAACCAUUUAAGUGUGAAAUUUGUGCGAAAUCGUUUACAGUGAAGAAUCAUUUGGUUUCACAUAUUCGUUGUCACACAAAUGAAAAACCAUUUCAGUGUGAAAUUUGCUUGAAAAGUUUUAGAGACAAAAGUAAUUUGAUAUCUCAUAGACGAUGUCACACCGAUGAAAGACGAUUUAAAUGUGAAAUAUGUCUGAAAUCGUUUAGACAAAAAUAUUCAUUGAAUAAACAUAUGUAUUGUCAUGAACCAGACAAACGAUUCAAAUGUGAAAUUUGUUCCAAACUGUACAUAAAUAAAAGUAAUUUAGAUCGACACGUGCGUUCUCACACAGAAGAAGAACCAAUAAAAUGUGAGAUUUGUCAAAAAAAUUUUAUACUUGAAAGAAAUCUAGUCACUCACAUGAUCUCCCAUACAGUCGAGAAACAAUUUGAAUGUGAAGUUUGUUUGAAAUCUUUUAAACAAAAAUCGUUAUUAAAAAAACAUAUGUAUUCUCAUGGAACAGAAAAGCGAUUCAAAUGUGAAAUUUGUUCUAAAUUAUUCAAAAAUCAAAAUAAUUUAGACAGACACAUGAGUUCGCACACCGAAGAAAAACCAUAUAAAUGCGAAAUUUGUUUAAAAGUUUUCAUAAGGCUAAGAAAUUUAGUCACUCACAUGUUGUCCCACACAAACGACAAACAAUUUAAAUGCGAAAUUUGUUUAAAAACUUUCAAACAAAAAUCGUUAUUAAAAAAGCAUAUGUAUUCUCAUGGAACAGAAAAGCGCUUCAAGUGUGAAAUUUGUUCCAAUUUGUACAAAAAUCGAAGUAAUUUAAAUCAUCAUAUGCGUGUGCAUACUGGAGAGAAACUAUUCAAAUGUGAAAUUUGUUUGAAAAUUUUCACACGUAAAAGUCAUUUAGAUACUCACAUGCGUAGUCACACUGGCGAAAAACCAUUUAAAUGUGAAUUUUGCUUGAAAGCGUUCAGAGAUGUCAGUCAAUUGAAUAGACAUACAUUUAAUUUACCGUGCAUCAGAUUAUUGAAACAAGAACCUUACGAUCCCUUUUUUGAUGAACUAAAACAUAAUAUGGAAUAUAUUAUGCUGAAUGAAAAUGUGUUGAUCAAUAAACAAAACCAAAUAAGUGAGAAACCAACUAUAAUCAAACAGGAAAAUAAUGUUGAAGACUUGCGGACGAAUCCCGAAGGCUACCAAAUAAGUAAUGACAUAAAAAAAGAGUUAGAGUUAAUAAGACAGGAAAAUGAUGUUAACUCACCAGUUGGCUUUAUGCAACCACUUGCAAACUUUAAAAGUGAAUCCAAUCAAAAGUUUUAUGCAUCAAAUAACAAUAAAUACCAAGGAAAAGGGUUCAAGAAACUUAGCAAAGAAACUUUUGCAAAAAGCGACUCUAUGAAGCAUAGUAUUUUGCCCAACGGUAUAAUCAUUUGUAAAUUAUGUGGAAAUUUCUACACUAAGAAAUUUGAUUUCUUCUGUCAUCUGUCAAAACAUCUUGUCAAAAAAUUGUGUUUAAAGCGAAGUUGUGACAUGAAUCAGAGUACAAAUGAUAAUUUGGAGUAUAGGGUACUUGAACCAACGAAUACAAUUUCAAUAUUAUUGAAAAAUGAAUUACAAAAUCCAUCUAAUGAUAUUGAAAAAUCAUUCAAGCGUACAAGUUGUUCAAAAUCUUUUAGAAAGAAAAACAGUUUGAAUGUACAUGAGGGAGGAAAACCGUUCAAAUGUAAUCUUUGCUCGAAAUUGUUUAAACAUAGUAUUAGUUUAACUCAACACAUGCUGAUUCACACUGGUAAAAAACCAUUUAGUUGUGAAAUUUGUUCAAAAUCCUAUGCACACAAAGAAUCGUUGGUAUAUCAUUCACGCACACAUACGGGGGAAAAACCAUAUAAAUGUGAAAUUUGUUCAAAAUCGUUUGUUGUUAAAAGUCAUUUAACUGAACACGCACGUGUUCACACAGGCGAAAAACCGUUCAGUUGUGAACUUUGUUUGAAAACCUUCAAAUUUAAAACUAAGUUGGUCCAACACAUACGGAUUCAUACUGGCGAAAAACCAUUCAAAUGCGAAAUUUGUUCAAAAUCAUUUCCAGUUAAGGAAUAUUUAGUUUCACACAUUCGAUAUCAUACAAACGAAAAACCUUUUAAAUGUGAAAUUUGUUCGAAAUCGUUUGUGGUUAAAAGUCAUUUUACUGCACACACACGUGUUCACACUAGAGAAACACCAUUUAGUUGUCAAAUUUGUUCGAAAUCGUUCAAAAUUAAUAGCAAUUUAGUCCGACACAUGCGAAUUCAUACUGGCGAAAAACCGUUUAAAUGCGAGAUCUGUUCGAAAACGUUUAGUGCCAAAAAGAAUUUAGUGUUACACACUAGAAAUCAUACAAACGAAAAACCAUUCGAAUGUGAAGUUUGUUUCAAACUUUUUAGCGAUAAAAGUAAUUUAGUAACUCAUAAACGAUCUCACUCUGACGAAAAACCAUUUAAAUGUGGAGUUUGCUCAAAAUCUUUCAAACAUAACUUCUCAUUGAAUAGACAUAUGGCUUGUCAUAAGCAGGAGAAAUGAUUCCAACGUAAAAGUGGAACGUUAUAAAAAUCCACAUAUUCUUCUUCAAACAAACAAAAAACCAUUCAAUUGAUAUUUUUCGUUAUAAAGGUUCAAUGACAUUUAACCCUAACCGAUAUUAGUUCACACUAUCAAAAGCACGUUGUAUGUAUGUAUAAAACCGUUUUUAACUCUUCUAAUUAAAAAUAAAAAACAAGAUUUCCAUUCCAUAUUCCAACCUAAACUAACUAGUAAAUAAAAAAAAUAAAAUGUUCUUACUGAUCAAUCAACUGUUCCCACCAUUAUUGUACAUAUUUUUUAUUGUAAUUUCUUCUAGUAAAUAAAUUUUUAUAUAUAUUAUAGAUCAAUACAAAUUAUCAAAAUUCAAUUAAUUUACCAUUCCUAUCAUUUUUAUGUAGAUAAUUGUUUCACGUCAUAUUAGUUUACAAAUUUAUAAUAUAAAACUGAUAAAUUUAACCAC